AGGAGCUUCUAGCCCUAUUUCUCCAGUGCUAACUGAAAAGUCGAGCUCUUGGCUAACACAGGUAGGUUGGAAAAGGUGGCUUUGUCCCAACAGCAUGCCUCAGUUCCCUAAAAAGCUAUGCUGUGUGAGCUGAUUAGACAUGGGAUGGGUUUGGAUCCCUUCUCACACAAGCUAAAUACUCUCACUGCUGCAUCCUCUAGGCACCUAAAACCUGCUUUAGACUUCACCCUGAUUCCGCUGCUGAUGUUUCCAUUUCCAGGAGGGCAGAAAUUGUCCCUUUCUUGCUCUCUCCCAGUCCCCUCCUCUCUAACCAUACCCCACAGGCACAAGCGUUACUCCAGGCCAUGAUGAGCCUUCCCCAGGUUGAUUGUACCUCUGCAUUGCCCUCCAGGUGAACAAGAGCCCUGUCACUUGAAGUCCUCCCCACGAUGCUGUUGCUGCUGCUGCAGGUCUUGGCGAGCUGCCUCUGGUUGGGACACAGUGAGGUGGUGACAUCCUUUGAAAGCUCGUGCCCUCAGUUCUUCUUCCAUAAAACCCCCCCGAAUGAAGCCCUGGUACCACAGAACCCAGCCUGGAUCUGCCAGCGUUACAAUAACCGGUAUUACUUUGCCACCCUGUAUGACAAGACCAGGCGCAUUCCUGUAUACUCGGCUUACAUCUACCAGCCUGCUUUUUGCGGGAGACCCAAAACAUGGCUUGUUGAGCCUCAGCUGAUCAGCCCAGCUUAUCCCAAAAUGAUGAAAACAGAGCAGAGCCUCUCGAAAGAUUUCAGAAUCACCUUAGAGGAGAUCGGCAAGCACCAGGCUGUCCUCCAGGACUACAAGAACCUGAAUGGUUUGAACCGGGGUCAUUUGAACCCCUGCUGCCACCAACCUGACCCUGACAGCAGGGCAGCAACCUUCACCCUCACCAACAUCGUGCCCCAGAACGAGAAGCUCAACGGUGGUGCCUGGAAGAAGUACGAAGAGAAGACCAUGGUCGAGAAAAACAAGGGCUGUAAAAAAACCUAUGUUGUCGUGGGUGCUGUGCCUGGCAACAACUACAUUGCCAACAGGAGGGUGAAUAAACCCAGCUACAUCUGGGCAAGUGCCUGUUGCGAGGUGAACCCCAAGGUUAGGAGGACCUGGGCAGUCAUUGCUGAGAAUGAUAGGGAUGAGGUGGUGAGCCUCACACUGGGGGAGCUGGAGAAUAAGCUGACCCAGCUCUAUGGGGGAAGACGGGUUUCUCUGUUUGACAGUGCCUGUCCCCGGAAAUAAGCCCCACUACACAUUCCAAGUGUAAGAGGCUCAGAGGCUUUGUCCACAUGUCCUGUGCAGCAUCCGUCCUGCUUCCUUCUUCAGUGGUUUUCCAGCUCUUAAAAAGGAGCACUUGGCCUGGCCACUCUGGAGGGGCAGGCUGGAUGACAGCCAUGGGUGUUAGAAAAGGGUGAAAUUUUAUGUUAAAAAUAAUCAUAUAGAGUGAUAGAAGUGAUUAUACAUGAAAGUUUGUAAAUCAAUAGAAGGCCUUUAUGUAUUAAAAAUACUGUAACUUU